CACUGGUCGCCGCUCUCUGCUCUCCGCUCCGCACAGUUUUACCGUUUAGUUUUACCCAAGAGCAAGCAAUUUGGAGCGCGCGAAGCCUACUGCAAAUAUCAGUGAAAACCAAUAACUAUCGCCUAUUGCACAAAAAUAACAGCCGCAAACCGUGCCAGACUAAGCGUCAAAGUGCAACAUUGACGAGGCAACAACCGAAAACAGCACAAAAAACCAACAAAACACAGGGUCAUUGGCGUGUGUGUGUGUGGUACAGUUGGGUAGAAAAACAUCGCCGUUGCUGGGUUGCCACCUGGUUGUCGGCUCUCCGUCAAUUGGUGCCACCACUUUUCGGCCUCUGCAGUUGUGCAUCUUUCCGAUUUUUUUUUUUUUUUAAUCUUCAAAAGGCAUUUGUCCGCGCGCCAAUACUAAAGAAAAAUCGUGGAAAUCAGUUGCAAACUGCAGGCAAAGUCUGAUUUGCUGCCCCCGGAACGCAGUAGAGAAUAUUGAACGGCGGUGUGUGUGCAUUGCAGCAGCGCAGGCAGAGAGCGAGCGAACGGACGAAAAAGAGAGCGCGUUGUGAAAGUGCCUGGCAAAAGGAAACCAAUAAAAAGUGAAAACACAAACGCCCGAGAAAAUGUAAAGCUAUUUUAGCUAAGGCUAACUCCAUGAAAGAUGCGAGCUGGGAAGAAGCAAAUAGUUGAAAGCGGAAAGACACGUCCUUGCAUCGUUUACGUUAAGAAUCUGCGCGAGGAGGCAGAGCCCGCCGGCGCUAGACUGAGAAAGAGGGAUCCGCGGGAGCUGCAGAAGCAGCAGCGGGAACAGGCGCUGCGAGAGACACCGUCGCGUCGCCCGGGUCGUCCCGCAAUAGAAGCGAUCCAAAAGAAGCCAUUAUCCCGCACGCGGCAAUCAGUUGCCGCCAAAUCCCCUACAGCAACCGUCGACAGCCCCUCGCCGCCCCCUAAGGUCACCAGGGCGACGACAGCGACAACGACGCCCGCCACUGUCAUGGCGAAGCGACGAAGCACAUUGGUGCUGGGUAAUUCCCACCAAAAGUUGACGAGCAUCGGUGGACGACGCGGCACCCAAACGGAGACGCAUGCCACUCCAAAGAUGUAUAAGCAGGUUGCCAAGCAUUUGGCGCCCAGUAGUCCGCCGCCGACCAUUGCGGCCAGCCGCUCCAGGCGCUCCAUCAAGCCGAAUCCCAAGUACGCCAGCGAGGAUGUGGUCACGCCCAAAUAUAUGGCCUCCUUGAGCGGCGAAGGCAGUCCGGUCUCUAGCGGAUCACGCCACCGGUCGCAGGCGAAGCCGAUAUACGCAGAAAUUAACGAUCUGUUGGACUUGGACGACGAGGACAAUGACGAUGAACUGGCAGAUGCUGCAUUCAAUCCGCAAUUGCACAAGUCCGACGAGGACGACGACGAGGAGUUUAUCAGUGACGGGGAGUUUGAGCAGGAGUUGCGUCUCGAGAAGCUGCCGGCGGCGAAGCGCGGACGUGGACGUCCGCCGAAGGCCAAUAAUGUGAAGACGCCCAUCUCUGCGGCAGCAGCUUCCACCACUGCCGCCGGGGCUUCAAAUCGAGUAUUCCACAAAUUGGAAGUUAACUCGAGUCAGGGACGCACUGCACCCGCCACCAAUAUGCAGCAGCUGCGUCGCACCUUGGCCGGGGCAAUGGCUCGAAAUAAUGCCAGCAUGAUGGCUGAUGGAGGAGGAGCCAAACGGAAGCUGGAGGCUAGCGAAAGUGAGAGUCCCGUUGCUCGCAAGCGUCUGGUCAUCUCCUCGGUCGGUGGCAGUGGCCAACGCAGUGUGCCCGUGGUUAAUGGCGCCACCAAGAGGAGCACAACGCCCAGUGCUCACGCUAACAUCUCAAGGCCCAAGGUGGGGGCCGCCGGCAAUGCGUCGAGAAUGCAACCACAACGAACAUCUGAAGUUGUCUUUAAGGUUAAUCCCGCCACCCCGAAUACAUCCACGCAGAAUGCCACAAAUACCAGCACACGCUCCACAAGAGGAGCCGGAGCCGGUGGCGGAUCAGGAGCAGGAGCUGCCAGCAAAUCAUCACCGAAAGAAGAGUCUGAGGCCACAUUCACCAUAGUGAAUAUCGAUGACAUUAUGAACCAGGAUGAUGUGCUGAUCAGCAGAGCCAACAGUGCACUUGCUGCGGCCGCCUCCAGGACAAGCGGUGCCAGCAAAAAACUCGCCAAGGGAAGGCUCCGCAUGAAAGACAUCCUUUCCACCAGCAAUACGAUUGGAGCGGCAUUGGAAAAGAAGUUUGCCAGCAUUGAGAAAUCAACGCCGGUGUCCAACAACAACAACAGCAGCAGCAGUCAGGCGGCGGCGGCGGCGGCAGCCAAGCGAUUAAAGAUCCUGUCAAGCAAUAGCAGCAGCAGUGGGAACGCCACCAAGCCAAGAACUGCCAGCCAGGCGGCUCAAUCAGCUGCUGUGUCCAAGCCCCGGCCGCGCAUACUCAACACGGAGAUGGGCAAGAAGACGCAGCCAAUGAAGCCGCUAAUGAGCAUGGGCAAGGAGCUGUGCCCCACGGACGUGGACACUGAGGAGGAUGAUCCCGAUCCAGACCUGGACCUGGACCUUGAUCUCGAUCUCGAUGAGCCACCCGCAUCGAUUGUAACCAGACGCACUCCCAGACAGGCACCAGGACCAGCCACAGCAGAGCCCGGCAGUGCGGCAGCAUCCAACAAGUGGAGUAGCAGCAGCACCACCAACACCACCACCAAUCGCCGCAAAGUGCUUGCCACCACGGCCUCCACGGCGAAUGCCCGGGCCGAUAAAAAGGAAAGCAAGCUGCUAGCCGAUGUCCAUGACGAGCCGCCGGUUGUGUUCAAAAAGCCUGGCGGUAGCCCGCAGCUACGCAGCAAGGAGAACCAACAGGAGCAGCGCGACAAGGAGGAUGCGCCGCCAGCAAAGAAGGAUACAGCUUCAACUGCUACCGUGACCGCAUCCAGCGCAGCAUCCGCGACAACAACAGUUCUUAGCAGUCCACAGAAAUAUUUCCCCCCGGAGACAACCACCUUCAUGGAGGAGGAGGGUCGCCUGGUGAAGAAGAUUACGUGCUAUGAGACGUGGCAUGUGAUCAACUUGCCAACGGAAUUGCCAGCCUCGGCGAUAGCAGCCCGACAACAGCGCACCUGCCUGGAGCUGGCGCUGGUCAAGCUGGCCAAUGUGGCCGCUCGGCUCAAGGUGCCCUCCUCCAAAUGGAGCAGCAAGGUGACAUUGUAUAAGGUAUCGCCGACGCUAAUGCAGCGCCAAUCGAUGACCAUAUUCACCGGUGAUCUGCUGCCGUACAACAUACCCGAGGAGGAUCGCCACAAGUACCAGCCAUCGUGUGUUCUGUUCCGUCGCACGGCGUCGGACAGGACCAAGUCCGGUGUGCCCUACGAUCGGGCCAUUAUCUUCAAGAACAAGUGCUUCUAUGCCAACAUCGAUGGCAAGCAGGUGAAUCUGCUGGGUGCCCCCGAGACCGUGGACAACAUCAAGGAGGUGGAGAUAUUGCUGGACAUUGUCGAUCGUCUGACGCUCAAUAGCCAACUGGUGGAGAUGGUCAAUACGAAGUGAGGUGAAGAGGACAAUUAGGACUCGUAGUAGUAGCAUACUGUAAAAAAUGAUUCACACAGACACGAAAAUAUGGACACACUCUAAUUUGUUUGAACCACAAACGGAAACGGAAACUUGAAACGUUUACCCCUAUAUCUAUUACUUUUUUUUUUUGUAAAACCAUUAACUUAGUUUUAAAGCUUAGUCUAGCGUAAUUAUCUUUAUAUACACAUAUUAUAUAUAUAUAUAUAAUAUCGUAAAAAACAGAAGAUGGACAUAUACAUAUACAUGCAUGCAUACAUACAGUUGGAUGUGUAUGUGUGUGUUUAGUAAGGAGUAAUUUUAAUCGGCCCCUGAAAUUCGUCUCGGAACUGUGGACACGAACGAAGGCUCGGAUGAUGCACACACAGGAGCUGAAGUAGCAGGAGGAGGAGCAAUUAUUUUUCGAUUAAAUUAUGUUUUGAUUCAAGACCCUUCUCCCCCUCGAAAAUAAACAAUUAAAUAAAUAUCCAA